AUGUUUAAUUGCAUUACAGUUUAGACACUACCUCCAGAGUAGAUUAAAUCAUUCUAAAUAACCUUGGCAUUCCAACACUUCAAAGACUUGCUAGCCAAGUGUGCUGAAUACCUGAAUUACGAUGUUCAACUUUUUUUAGACAAAGAAUGUAAUUAAGAGAUUGACUCAUCAUUAAGCCUUUGCUAAGCAAGUUUGAGAAACAUUAUUUACGCAAAGAGAGUUUACGACUAGUCCUAUUUUCCCAAAGUGACUUGCUGGUUUAAAUAGGAUGGAAUUGAAUUGAAUAUGGGAGUGAUAUUAAACUCGGACUUAUCAUUCGAAGAAGUAUUGGAAGAAGCCAAAUAGAAGGAUAUAAUAGUAUAAAUGCCACAAUCUAUUAUAGUGACAGACUUUGAACAAACUAAAAUCUUGGCAUCAAUGAUACAGUUGCAGAUGUGCAAACUAGUUAAUCCCUAAGAUAAGGAUCCUCAAUUGAUAAUCCACUUUACUACAACUGGACAAGUGCCAUAAGUUUAGUUACAAUAAAAGAAAUUCUUUCCUCAAUUUCCAUUCCCAUAAAACCCUCCUCGACCACUAGCCAAUUAAGGAACUCUAUAACCCUCUGGUCUAUAGAAUUAAAAAUUUUAAUUCCCAAUUUUUUCAUUAUAGACUAAGCCUUAAAACCUAAUUAAUAAUAAUAAAGUUAAAAUACCAGAAAAUGCAGGCUUUCCUGCUUCCAACUUCGAAAUUCAAAAUAACUAAUAACCCCCAAAAGCAUAACCAUUUAUGAAUCCAUUUGGAAAUCCACCAAAUAACAACACAGUACCUUUCCAAAAUAUGAAUACCCAAGUUUUUCAAUAAAAAGUAGAAAAUAAGGCUAAUGAUGUUACAACCUUGGAAAGGAUGGCCUUAAAAUGCGUUGAAUAGAUGAUACUAGUUGGUAAGUUUAUCCUAAUAAUUAAUGAAAACAGUGAUUUUGUCGCCUAUCAAUGUAGUUCUCCUUAACUAUCUGGGUUUUUUCUGUAAGUUAAAGGCAAAAAAGGUUCUUUAAAAAAUGAAUAAUAAAUUAAAUGGGAAAGUAAAUACGGAGUGUAAAUAGCUGAUAAUCUCGGUAAAGGGUUUAUAAUUAAAUGGAAGAAUAAUACAUAUAAUUCCUUAAAUAUAUAACUUAUGUGA